AUGGAAAAUAAAUAAAAUGAUGGGAAAGAUAAAACAUAUCAUUUUUUAAAUAAAGGUCAUUUUAAAUAUCGUUGGAUUUUACUUGGGUUUUGUAUUUGGAUAGUAGCAGGAGCAUUUUUUUGUUUUGAUGUACCAGCUGCUUUGCAUAAUACAUUAAGAUAACAUUUUAGUGAUGUAUUGACAGAAGGGGAAUUUGAAAUAUAUUUUAGUGGAUUAUAUAGUAUAUAUUCAUUUGCAAAUAUAUUUUUACCUUUCAUUACAGGAAGUAAUAUAUAAUAUAAGAUAAAUAAAAGGAAUGAGAGAUGCAAUGGGUGAUCGAAUAAUAUUAUUAUAGACUGUAUCAUUUGUUUUUAUAGGUUAAGGAUUGUUUGCAUAUGGAGUAAUGAUAAAAAGCUUUAUAGUAAUGUAUUUGGCAAGGAUAUUAUUGGGUUGGGGUAUAGAAUCCGUUUAACCAAUUUAAACAUCAUUUGUAUCACCGUAUUUUAAGGAUGAUUAUUUAGUAAUUAAAUGAAUUUAUAUAAAGGGAUUAACAAUAGGUAUGAAUACAUUAUUUGCUGGGUUUGGUUCUGUUGCUACAAUGUAUUUUUGUCCUUUGCUUGCUCUGAAAUAUGGAUUAUUAGUUGCUACAUCCAUUGGUUGUUUAUUUAACUUAUUUUGUAUUAUUUGUGCAAUAAUAUCAACAAGUAUAGAUAAAUGUGCAGAAACUAAAAUGUUAGAUAAUAUAGAUUAUGAUAAAGUAAAAUACAUGUAAUUGGCAUAAGAAGAAGAAUAAUAAUAAUAAUAAUAAUAAUAAUAAAAUAAUUAAUAAUCAGAAGUAAGUGUUUUUGAAUAAAUGAAAACAUAUCCAAAAUUGUUUUGGUUAGUAGCUAUAUAUUUUGGAUUAAAUUAUUCAUCAGUUUUAGGAUUUAUUAAUAUAUCAGUAGGAUUUUUGACUGAAAGAUGGUUAGGAGAAGACGAAGAAUCAGAACUUAAAGCAGGAGAAAUGGUAGCAAUUAUGUGGCUUAUUACUGGAUUCUUUACUCCUAUUUUUGGAUUUAUAGCAGAUAAAUAUGGUGGAAGAGCAUUUCAUGUAAAUUAUUUAUUAAUCAUGUAAGUGUAUUAUAGCAGGAAUCCUAUGUUUUGUUGCUCAUAUUACUUUAUGGUACAUUUAUCCAUUUCUAUCUUUAAUUGCAUUAGGAACAGCUAAUGCUAUUGCUUAUGCAUCACCAUGGACAGGUGUUGUAUAUUUAGUUAGACCUGAUUAUUUAGGUAAAGCUUAUGCUGUAGUUGUUGGAAUUUAUAAUGCAUUGUUUAGUAUAUUCCCUAUUAUUGUUGGAAUCUUAAGAGCUUAUUAUGGAAGCUAUUACUAUUCUUAAUUAUUCUUAUCAUUUCUAGGACUUUGUUCUUUAAUUACAGCAGUCUUAAUUAAAAUAGAAGAUGUCUAAUAAGAAAAUUUAAUUGAUGGCAAUAAAGUUAUUAGUGCAACAUCUAUUGAAGAAAAUUGUAAAUAAAAUAUUGAUUAUGAUUAAAAAUGA